AUGGCGAUCAAAGGUUCUGGAUUCCCCUAUCGCCGGGGCUCUAACUCCUCAGAGAAAGACUUCUUCGAUAUUCCCGAUGAAUCAGCACUCGCAAUUGUCAAGCGCCAAUUACGCCGACCGCGCACAUGGAUCACCGUGGUGAUUCUGUUCUUCCUACUCCAAUGGCGGCUUCCUGAGCACCGUUCAUCAUCCGAACUCCCUCAUCUCGAUUUUAACAAGGUCGACUGGUCCCGCUAUGCAUACUCGUCAUAUGCAACCUCGGAAUCAUACCUCUGCAAUUGUGUCAUGGUCUUUGAGGCGCUCGAUCGACUUGGAUCUCGUGCGGAACGCGUCAUGUUUUACCCCCAAGAGUGGGACUUGAUUGUUGAAAAUGAAUCAGACCGCACCAGCCAGCUACUGUUGCUAGCCAGAGAUAAAUACAAGGUCCAGCUGAGGCCGAUCCUGGUGGAGGGGAUCAAGGUAGAACCCAAGGAGGAGAGCCAUGGAUCUUCGAAAGCGGAAUGGGAUUCUAGCGUUGUCAAAUUGAACUCCUUUGGUCUGCUCCAGUACGAUCGGGUGAUCCAUCUUGAUUCCGACAUGACGCUCUUGCAGGACUUGGACGAGCUGUUUUUCCUCCCCAAGACCCCGAUAGCCAUGCCCCGUGCAUACUGGCUGCUCCCCGAAAUCAACACACUAUCCUCACUUAUCGCCGUCAUUGAACCGUCGUUCCGCGAAUAUACCGACCUUCAAGAAAUCAUCCAGCCUGCCCUCUUCGGACAACUCGACAUCAACACGACCGAGCAUCGAUAUGACAUGGAGGUAUUGAAUGAGCGGUAUGGUGAAAGUGCCAUGGUUCUCCCUCACCGACCGUAUGGACUUCUCUCGGGAGAGUUCCGUAAGAAAAACCACAGAAGUUACUUAGGCAGCCAUGAGGAGUGGAACCCCGACAAAGCGCUUGCAGAGGCCAAAUUCGUACAUUUCUCUGAUUGGCCCCUGCCCAAACCCUGGGUGAUGUGGCCGCUGAAGCAGCUGGUUGAGAUGCAGCCCUCAUGCAACAAUUUACCAGGAACACCGGAGGAGAGCGGUUGCAGGGAUCGUGAAGUGUGGAAGGGUCUCUAUGACGAUUUCCGGCGUCGACGAAAGGUGAGAAACAUCGCUUUUACCCAAAUCCCCUUGAAAGACAAGCCUUGUUUACUGAUUGAUCUCUUGCAGGAUAUUUGCAAGCUACUCAGCUUCCCGGCUCCCAUUUGA